ACAAUAACCUCUCUUCUCUCUCAUUAACAAAAAAAUCCCUCUAGAUCGGAAGACGAAGAAGAAGCAGACAGAGGAGAGGAGAUUAGCGCUGCUGUAAUUCGUCAUGGCAAAAACAGAUUGCAGUCUCCAACAACCUAAAUCCGCGAGGGGCGAUGAGAACAGGUCGAGGCUCAAGUACUUGGAUUUCGUGGUUGUCGCCACCAUUCAUUUGAUGAUGCUCAUCGCCACCAUCUACGGUUUCGCCAAGGAGAGAUCCGGCCGCCUCAGGCCCACUAUUUGCGUCCUUGAGGACUCUGUCAGGACACUUAUUGCCCCGCUUUACGCCAAAACACACCAUCUCCCCAUUCAACUCCUCACCUUUGCGGAUCGCAAGGUUGAUGAAUCUGUGCACAGAAUGAAGAAGUACGUGCCCUCAUCUCUGAGACGUGCAUCUUUCAAAGCCUUCAACCAAGCUCGGAGAGCACCUGUUGCUGCUCGAUGUGUGAUGGCUGAUGUCCAGAAAACCGGGAUGGUGGAGACGGCUUCUGGACUUGCAAAAUCUGUGUAUGUCAAGUAUGAGCCAGUAGCCAAAGAUUUCUACACCAAGUAUGAACCGGUGACUGAGGAGUAUGCACUGUAUGUAUGGCAUUUGCUGAACCAGUACGCUCUCUUCCAACGAGCCGCUCUAGCUGCUGGUCCAGUGGCAGGUUAUUGCUCGGAGAUGUACAAUCAGAAGGUUGAAGUUGCUGCUAAGAAUGGGUACAAGGUGGCAGCACAUCUUCCUAUCAUACCUGUUGAGAAGAUUGCUGAGGCUCUGAGGACUGAGAAUAUGAAGCCUGUAGUGAUUGAUGGAGGCCGCGGAGGGGAAGAAAUCAAGGCCAAGUAAUCAUUGUUUAGCAGGUGGGAACCACAGAGUUAUCUUCUUUAACUAGCAGUAGGUACCUUUUUUAAGCAGUUUUUAAAAACUAGUAGUAGUAGUAUUUGGUAACUGAGUUGGGACAUAUGGAUCAUGUACUGAGAGAGGGGAUCAGAUUUACCAUGGCUUCAACUUGGUAAAUGUGAGUUGUUUUAUUGUUUGCUACUUAUUUUUGGUGGAGCUUAUAUGAUUGAUUCUCAUUCCCUUCCCCUUUGUAAUUGAUUCAUGGUGA